UUCGACGAUGUUCAUCUGAGGUCUGUGUAGAUCUGAGGCGUAGAUAUAGGUUUACAGACGUCACGCGCCGAGAUCUGGGGGCCACGCGCAGGGAUCCGGGAACCGGCAUGGUUGUCAACGGCAGGACGAUGAAGCGUAUGAAGAGGCGCGUCACGGCUGACCAGUACGAUUUCCUCACGUUCCCGUCGCCGUCCGACGGCGUGCGCUCUCCCCCCAGCGCGGCCCCCUUCAGGACAAACGUCAGGGCGUUCCUGUCCAACCACGCGCUCCUUCCCCCACCGUCGUCGCUCUUCCCCCACCUGCUCACGUGCCAAAUCCAGUUCCGUGUGGGAGAUCUCGCCGACAGAGGCAGCGGUGACUCCCCACCCGACGCGGUGGUCCUAGACAUCGUGGAGGAGGACGUCGCGAGAUCUAGAUCCGUUUAUUGCGACCACUGCCGAGUCGUUGGUUGGAGCUGUAAUCCGGUGUGCGCGAAGCGCUACCAUUUCAUAAUCAAGGUCGAUGGGAAUUCCAUUGGGGGCCAUAACAAGUCUUGUGCUGGCUGUGGCGACCCCCUUCUUCUGUCGGAAUCUAGGUGCAAGUCCUGCAAUUAUAUGGUGACCACGGAAGAUGUGGAAGAUUGGAUGUAUAAUCAAUUGGAGGAUACAAGCCAUCUUCUGCAUGGCGUGGUCCAUGCCAAUGGUUACGGGCAUCUUCUUAGGGUCAAUGGCAGGGAAGGUGGCUCAAAGGUUCUUUCAGGUUGUCAUAUAAUGGACUUUUGGGAUCGGCUUUGCGGAUUUCUUGGAGUCAGAAAGGUUAGUGUCAUGGAUGUCUCUAAGAAAUAUGGACUGGACUUUCGACUGAUUCAUGCUGUAAUCAAAGGGCAUCCGUGGUAUGGUGAAUGGGGCUAUCAGUUCGGGACUGGCAGCUAUGGUCUUGAUCACGAUGCUUAUAAGAGAGCUAUCCAGAAUCUUUCUUAUAUACCUUUAACGGUUUUCCUUUCUCAAGGACGCAAACCCCGAACACGAGUGCAGGACUUGAUAUCAUUUUAUCAAUCCUUGUCUGAGCGCGAGCUUGUAAAUAUUAGAGACCUCUUUAGUUUUUUAAUUAGUUUAAUCCAUGAUGCCCACAAGUCUUGCUUGAGGGCUGAUGAUGAAUCUAAGCGCAAGAAGCCCAAAUAUUGUGACACAAUGGCCUUGUGCGCGUGGAGUACAAACGAUGUUCUACGUGUCGAAGAAGCAAUGUUUAGGGUGUUGAGAGCUGUUUCUGGAUCCAAAUGGGUUAGCUGGCGGGCACUUAGAGGUGCCGUAUGCAAAGCUGGCCCCCCUGAACUUCUUGACUACUGCCUGAAAGAACUGAAGGGAAAACAGGCUGCUGAUGGUAUGGUUGUCAACUCCCGUUGUGUUUCAGGCUCUGGUGCUAUGGAGUACAGGCUUGAGCCUGGCAGUGCCACAACCAUGGUUAAUGACUAUACAAGACUGAAUUAUCCAUCAGAAGAACAUCUUCUGCGGGAUUUGAAGUGCUUGUAUGAGAGCAUGCUCCAUCCUCAUACCAUGGCCAGCCAUUUGCACGUCAGUAAAAAGGAUGUUAUAAUCCAGUCAGCUUCAAUUCUUCUUGAUUGCAAGAAAUUCAUGAAAGUGUAUCAGUCUGAUAAUUUCUCAACACCAUCCAAGCCUAAUGCCAUUCAGCUUCUAUGCGAGUUGGAUCUCGUGGAUAGUUCUUCCGAAAGGUGUUUGGUGAAAAAUACUCCGCCAGAGCUUCUGGUUCUAUCUUCCAAUGCCACCAUACACGACCUCAAGGUUGAAGCCUCGAGAGCAUUCCAGGACGUGUACCUAAUGCUGAGAAGAUUCCAAGUGGAGGAGCUAGUGGGGUAUGCAGGCGUGGGGGACUCCACUGGGUUGAAACUUCUGUUAGGGUCAGCACAAUGCGUGAGAGUCAGGGGGAGAUGCCUAGGGAAGAACGGUCUGAGUAGGUUUAGAAUGGAAAGAGGUCUUGAGAGCUGGACAGUGGAAUGCCACUGUGGGGCCAAGGACGAUGACGGCGAGCGAAUGCUGGCAUGUGACUCCUGUGGCAUAUGGCAACACACAAGGUGCGCUGGAAUACCAGACAUUGAUAGCGUUCCUGCUCAGUUCAGUUGCGUCAGGUGCCGCCGUUUCAUAUUGGGCCGAGCCAAGACCGGGGGAUUGCCCAAGGAUGAGUUGGCUGGAACUGCCUCUGCAUUUUGUACCGGUAAGGGUGGUCUUCUUGGGAAGGCCAUGGCCAGAGCUUUUUGACAUGUGCGCUGGGUUUUAAGUUUUGUUCUUUUUGUACAUGUUCUCACUUGAUGAUCACCAGCACAUUGGCUCCCAAGUUGAUGUAUUAACUUAUUGACAUGCAAUGCAUGCCAUCAUCUUGUGUAUCCACCUCUUUGACACUAGCAGUUAGUUACACAAUGUAGGAAGAAAGAUAUAUAACCCCAACCGGUUAAGAACCCGUCCAUGAACUGCGAUUUUUUGUAGCGACUGUUUUGUAUGACCCCAAAUGGUGUGGCUAUGUUCUCUCCUGUUUUCCCACACCAACACCAUCACGUGCUUUAAAAGACUUAUUG